GUUGGUCUCCUCUUCUGGGCUUUUGGAGAUUAGAGCCUGCAGAUCAAACAGAGAGGAAGUCACUCCCAGCUUCAGAUGCAACACAACAAUUCCUUAGUCUUUGUGUGGCUGCAAGGAACUGCAUGAGCAAAUGGCGGCCAAGCUUUACUAUGGAACAAAGAAGUCAAGCGAACACGGUUGGAAUGGACCACACACACAAAGUACAGUGUAUUAUGCAGCGAACAUUUCGAACAAUCAUGUUUCGAAGAGGGUCCCUUGCAAAGGGCAGCGAUGGGCAUCGCCACCACCCGUCGACUCGCGCUGAAGAAAGGUGCGAAGCCAAGUAUUUUCAACAGACCACGGCCAUGCUUAAGUACAAGUUCGACAAGUUCAGAGCACCCCACACCCUCCACAAGUGGACAGACUGUGCACAUGAGGUCUGCAUUUGCCAAAAGGGAAAGGAAGAGGACAAUAGAUCAGAUCAUGGCCAGUACGACUACGGCAUCAGUGGCGGAUGCGGUGGAUGAACCAAUGGCAAUGGCACUAGAUUUGCCUGAUGAGGAGGGCGAUCAAGAUCAGGGAAAUACAAGAGAACAAGGAUGCCAGACGAACUGGGUACCGAUUGGGAGAGCACCAACAGCAAUGACCAGUAGCAAGAGCACCCAAACAGGGAAAAUACAUCAUAGAUCAAAGGGACACCAGGUGACCCCAGAGAUCCUCGAGAGGGUUAGAGCUCGGCUGGCCAGGGUUAGUGAAGUCCCAUCGUCAAGUGUAGCAGCUCCAUCUGACAGCCCCGAGAUGCAGACUAACAUAGCAACUCCAGGUGCUACUGCAUUGUUUGAUGUAGGACCAGCAUCAAGUCCCACUGCGCCUUUUGUUAGUGGUUCUUCCGAUGACAGCUAUGUGCCGAGUGAGUCAUCAACAUCAGAUCCGUGUCAAUCUGACGGGUCGCCAGAUCGCCCACGUACUCACCAGAUGCGUGAAGAGGGCUGCCACAAGGAACCGAAGUACAUCAUCUUUGAGUCGUGCCUCCAGAGUCUCGUCAAGUGGUGUCACUGUCCAGUCUGUGGCAGCCAGGACAUAAGCCCUUCUUGGGAUUCAAACGGUACACAGCUGACCAUGACUCUUCAAUGUGCAUCAUGUGACCAGAGGAGUAGUUGGAGCAGCCAGCCAAACAUUGGCCCUUAUGCCGCGGGCAACAUCCUGCUAUCUGCUGGCAUACUCUUCGCUGGCGCAUCUUCUGGCAAGGUGUUGCAAGUGCUGAACAGCAUCGGAGUGGUCACGUAUGUGAAGAGGACAUUUUUCAACCACCAGGAGCUCAUCCUGCAGCCAGCCAUCAAAAAGGUGUGGGAGGAACAGCAACGGACGCACCUCACCAUGCUGCGGGUGGAAGGCCGACCCCUUGUCCUUGGUGGUGAUGGGCGAGCAGACAGUCCGGGACACAGUGCCAAGUUUGGUACCUACACCACAAUGGAGCUUGUGGCCAAUGUGGUUCUCGACCUUCAGGUUGUACAGAGCAACGAAUGUCUUGGCAGCUACCAUAUGGAGAUGGAAGGACUGAAGAGGAUGGUGGAGCUGUUGAUCAGCUGGGACCUCGAUGUCGGGGUGCUGGUGACAGACCGACACAGACAGAUCGCUAAAUGGAUUCGCGAAAACAUGCCCAAUACACGGCACUGCUAUGACAUCUGGCAUGUUGCAAAAUCCAUCGGAAAGAAACUGAAGGCCAUCUACAAGCAUAGGACUGUGAAGACCUGAAGCCCUGGGUGCAAAGUAUAAUCAACCACCUCUACUGGGCAGCAGUGUCUACACCGCCUG